AUGACCGAUAUUGAGUUGCCUAUUCGUUUGGCUCAGUGUAUUGGAAUUACUGCUUCGUCUGCUCUCGCUGGAGCUUCUCUCAGCAUAUCCUUCAUCGCCGUUCCAAGAUUACUCGAAUCCCCACCACAUCUUUUGCUCAAACAAUGGAAUAACCUUUUUCAACAAGGAAAAGCAUUCUUCCCCAUCGCUUCGUUGGUUCCGGCAGGAUCUUUCUUCUUCCUCGCAUAUAAACAGACUUCUAAACUUAAGUUAAAGUUGUUUGCCGCGGCUGGCGCGUUGGCUGUGGGAAUUAUUCCUUACACGCUUUUGUGCAUGAUGUCUACUAAUACAAAGUUAUUGGGAAAGGUGGAUGAGGCACAGGUAGUCUAUGCCAAUCAAUCGGGUGGGGAUUGGGAUGAUGUUUCUUCGGGAUCUGGUCGCAAACAUAAGAAAUCUUCCAAGGACCGCGAGAGGAGUGAUAGAAGUUACAAGAAGAGUUCUUCGAGCAGGAGAAAGCCUUUGGAAGAGGAAGGGGAUGAGGAUGUGAGAACUGCUCACGAAUUGGUUGAUCGUUGGGCAUUGUUGAACGUGGGACGGGGUAUUAUGAUGAUUGCGAGUGCCGCGGUCGGUACUUGGACUGUGUGUGCACCGCCACACAUGACGCUUAAGCAAGAUGACGACAUGGCCCUGAAAAUCAUUGCUCUUAUCAAGGAGAAAGAACAUCAUAGGGAACGAGCUUUGGUGACGGAUGGAUGGACAAUUAGGAUGGUGAUGGAAUUGGUGAUGGAAUUAUUGGCAUCAAGAGCAGCAGCUCGCACUCUUCGUGCACCAAUUAGACGACAAGUCAGACAAACACGAUUUGUUUCGACGACACAGGCUGAAGGUGCAAAGGCAGGUGGUGCUUCGGGGUUUGCGGCGGGUGUAGCGGGUGGUGCGGUGGUUUUGGCUGGAUGCUACACAUAUUAUCAAUUCUCCGGCGCCAAAACCGUCGUCAACGCAUACAGUUCCACCAAAAACCAAUUCCACAAAGCCACAUCAGCACUUUCUGAAAAGGCUCCUGAACCCAAUCAAGCGAUUAAAUGGUUGCGAAAUGCCACUUCUUCCUACGCGGCUUUUAUCCCAGGUGCUCAAUCGUUCCUCGAUGGUGCAUUUAACGAUAUUGAGAAAGUGCAGGAAAAACAUGGCAAGGAAGUCGAUGAUAUUGUUAAUAAAACAUAUGCCGAUCUCAAGGAUAUCAGUAAGAAGGGGGGAGUGGAUAUGCAAACCGCGGUGCAGGGUUAUAAUAUUUUGACCAAGGCGUUAAACGAUAUUGCGGAGUUGGGAAAAGAUAGUUUGGGGGAUAUUAUGGAGAAUCAUCCGCAGAUUAAGGAGAAGUUGGGGGGGAACCUCGAUCAGCUGAAGAGUAUGGCGGAAAAUUAUGGGCCAGAGGCGAAGAAGGAAUUGGAUGAUACGUAUAAGAAGGUUUCGGAGAUUCUGGCGGGGGGUUUGGGGGUAGGGUCGAUUGAUCAGGUGCGCAAAUUGAUUCAGGAGAAGAGUGAUAAGGUGAAGAAGUUGGGCGAACAAGCUUGGAAUAAGGGGUUAGAAGAGUGGAAACCUUAUCUAGAGAAAAAUCCCCAGGUCAAGGAAAUCGUGGAGAAGAAUGCUGAUGCGUUGAAAUCGGGGAAUGUAAAGGAGAUCUUUGAUCAGGUUAGGCAGGCGAUUGACUCGGGAAAUACGGAUAAUCUGCAGAAGUAUAUUAAGGAGGCGGGGGAAAAGGCAAAGAGUAAGGGGAGUGGAUUGGGUGGGUAUGCGCAACAAGCGGCGCAAAUGGCGGGGAUUCCGGGGGCGGACAAGAUGUGGGAGAGGUUGCAGAGGUUGCAGGAGGUGGCGAGGGAGAAUGGGGGGGAGGUGGAGGGGUUGCUGAAGAGUGCGUUUGAGGAGAUUAGUGGGGUGGUUGAGAAGAAGGUUAAGGAGGCGGAGAAGUUGAAGGGGAAGGUGGAGAGGGAUGCUAAGAAGUAG